AUGUCAUCUUCCCCAAAGGCCGACCUUGCCCAGGUUGAGCAUAUCGAUCCUGACUCCAAGAUGGGUUUCGACGAGGUUGAGAAGCCUGCUGCGCGCGAGGCUAACGAUCGCGAACAUGACCUUACUCUGCGCGAUAGUUUCCGCUUGUAUCCCAAGGCCAUUGCCUUUUCUUUACUUUUCUCCACUGCUAUCAUCAUGGAAGGUUAUGAUCUGAGUCUUCUUGGUAGCUUCUACGGUUAUGAUGCAUUCAAGCAAAAGUUUGGCAACGAAAUCGACUCGGACGGCAACCCCAUUGUAUCGGCAGAUUGGCAAACAUAUAUCCAAGUCGGUGGCAUGUGCGGCCAAAUCAUCGGUCUCUACAUCAACGGUUGGGUCUCUGAUCACUUUGGUUACAAAAAGACCAUGAUGGCUUCUCAGAUGCUCAUGAUCGGACUCAUCUUCUUCCCCUUCUUCGCGCCCAACCUCAACGUCCUCCUCGCCGGAAACAUUCUCCUCGGUCUUCCAUGGGGUAUCUUCCAGACCCUCACUCUCGCCUAUGCUUCCGACGUCGCGCCCGUUGUCCUACGACCAUACCUUACUGCCUACGUCAACCUUUGCUGGGUCAUCGGUCAGCUCAUCGGCGCUGGAGUGCUUCGCGGAUUCAGUACCAUGGGAGGUGACUGGUCAUACAGAAUUCCUUUCGCUCUGCAGUGGGCUUGGCCUCCAUUCAUCAUGCUUGGUACCAUUUUCGCUCCCGAGUCUCCCUGGUGGCUUGUCCGCAAGGAGCGCUACGAGGAUGCCAAGCGAUCCAUUCUUGCGCUCGUCACCCAAUGUGAUGUUCCCUUUGAUGCCGAUGCGCAGGUUGAGCUUCUCAAGGCUACCAACCAGAUGGAGAAGGAGAACUCUGCUGGAACCAACUACUGGCAUUGCUUCAUGCGCAGCGAUUUGAGACGAACUGAGGUCGCUUCCAUCACUUACACCGCCCAGGCCCUUUGCGGUAGCGCUCUGAUGGGUUACUCUGUUCAGUUUUACCUUGAGGCCGGUCUAUCGCCUGAGAAGGCCCUUGAUUUCAACGUCAUCCAGUACUGUGUCGGCGCCGUCGGCGUUGUUCUCUCCUGGUUCUUAAUGUCCCGCUUCGGUCGCCGAGAUAUCUACAUCUGCGGCAUGGCAACCCUCUUCUGCAUCCUUAUCGUUGUUGGUGCCCUCGGCUGCAUCAACAAGACCGAGAGCGUCGGCUGGGCUAUCGGCAGCUUGCUCAUCGUGUACACCUUCGUUUACGACAUGACCAUCGGACCCAUCGCCUACACCAUCGUCGCCGAGAUCUCAUCCACGCGUCUCAAGGCCAAGACCAUCGUUCUGGCUCGCAACUUUAGCAACAUUGCUGGUCUUGUAACCAACACCCUGAUGCCCCGCAUGCUUGGUCGAAACUCGUGGAACUGGGGCGCCAAGACUGGUCUCUUCUGGGCAGGUUGGUGUCUGUUGAUCUUUGUCUGGGCCUUCUUCCGUCUGCCCGAGCCAAAGGAUAGAACUUAUGGUGAGCUCGAUCUUCUUUUCGAGCACAAGGUUCCUGCGCGCAAGUUUGCCAAGACCAAGGUCGAUCAGUUCCCUACUUCUAGUUCCACCGAGAAGGUCCAGGAGCAGUAA